CGCGUUGACGGUCAGUACACUUGGACUUGAAUGGUGCUUGAGUCCGUGAUGUCCAUGAUUUUCCUGUAAUGGCAAGCAGAGAGAAAGACGAAGAUACAAAUGCAAUAGGCAAAGAGCUUUGGGCAGCUUUGAAAAGAGAUCCGCUCGACAAGGAACAAAUAAAGUUGCUUCUCGAAUUCGGCGCGCCAGCAAAUUUCCGAGAACCAGACAGUCGAAAGACUGGUAGAACCCCCCUCCAUUUUGUGGUGUGGGAUGUAAACGGCAAUGAAGAACUCAUGGAAAUGCUGUUAAAACAUGGAGCAGACACAAAUCUAAGUGACUCUUUUGAUUUAACGCCACUUCAUUUGGCAGCCGAGAAAGGAAAUUUAAGGGCUGUGAAGAAACUGGUAAAUAAUCCUUACAGCCCAGCUGAUCGCAACAAACGAAACCGGGAUGAUGAGACAGCUACUCAGGUAGCCGAGAGGAAGCAGCGUAAAAGCGUUUUACAUUAUCUGCUAAAUGACUAUGCAAACGAUGGAGAUGUCAGGUCUGAUGGUGACGCCAACGUGAACGUUUCAACAAGCGCAGGUUCAUCCGUCACCGUCAGCCCCACAGGUGGAACUGUGAAUAUCAUUGUUGGCGACCACGGUACAAUAAAUUUGAACGAUGGAAACUAAAGUCACGUGUGUCUCACAUUGGAAAGACACAAUACUUGUAACAAGGGCAGCAAGCUAACAGUUCCACGCAUGCCGAAAGAAAUAAACAGAGUUGCGUGUAUUUCUUCCACUUUUAAGCUUAGAGUGACUAGUUCAUAGACGACUAUUCCCCAGUAGCAAAAGAGUGGCACUAUUUUCUACAAGUAUAGUGCGAAAUCUGCAAUCAAAACGUGAAAACACGGAGGAUGUACAGAACGUAAACAUGUAAGGAAAGGGCUUUGAGAGUCUGGUUUGAGUCCUGAACACAUUCUGCAACAUUCUGCGCCGGCCAACAAGGAUAAACGGCAGCUGUGUGCUAUUUUUCUCUUUGAGGAGAAAGGUUAGAAGAUACUCGCAUCGAGUUGUUUGGGUUAAAGACUGGAUAUCCAAGAAGAGAAGGAAGAGCACGAUGCCAUUGAUACGGUGCACGGAACGCUCAGCGUCUUUAUACUCUGUGUGUCCAGAGACUUUAAGGUCGGCUCACUCUAGAAGGCAUGUGGCGGGGACAGUCUUGAGCCACGCGUGACAUGCCCGCUUUUACGAAAAAGUUCUGCUGCGUGAUCAGACUUUUGUCCCUACGACAGGUUGCACGAAAUGCAGCAGAUUUGAAUCCGUGCGUCAUGAUCAUGACGUAGGGACAAAAUGACCUCAAUUUUCAAUGUCGUGUGUACUGUUCUUGCAAAUUAAACUGUACACUAUAACACGUUUAUAUGCCUCAAUCCGCUUUGUGUGCAGCAGUUGACGUACUGUCCCUGCAACAUGCGUCCUACGUGUACAGACAAAAACCGACUUCCAGAAUAUGAAAGUACUGUGCAAUAGCUCAGUUUCCUUUGAAUGGUCACACGCUAGGGUUUCAUCUACAGACUUAAAAAGUUUUAACUUAGACCUAUCUUCCACAGCAUAACAAACAGUACCACAUGAAAGUACUGCUCGACAGCUUUCAUUUAAAUGGUCACACACUAGGGUUUC